CGCUUAUUCUUUCCCUCAGCUUUGAUUUUUCCAGCGAUUUUUCCAGGAAACAGCUUUCAUCAAUGUAUCCAACACAUUGUGUAAGCAGGUGAAUUAUAUCGCUGUAAUAAUUAGCGUUAUGACAAAUUAGCGCGUUGCAUGAUUACGCAUUAUUUAGGUUGUUAAGCUAACAGAAAAAAAUGGGUAGGUUUGUACCCUAGGCCGGUUUGUACAGUAUGGACAGCUUGUCUAACUUCGCUAUUUUUAAAAUGUAACUUUUGGAUUGACCUUCAAAUGUUGGCUUAUUUUUGAUAUCCUUCUUAGUGAAGCAAUGUAAAAACUGGCAUCUAGCGAUUUUCAUUAUUAGAGACAGUUAAUGCCUUCCUUAGUCUUGAGAAGAUUAAUCUUAUGGACCUGUAAGUUGACUACAUAUGUUACAAGAAUCAGGGUUAGAAGACAAAGGAAAUCGAGAAUCAACCUAGGUUAAAAAAAUUUAACCUGGAUAUAAUUUUGACCUCUAAUAACCACACAGAACACACCAGUACUCUCAGUUUGUCAGUUAAGAGUGGGUUAGAUGUAUGGACUCUCAAGAAACACGGCAACUUCUCAGUCUCCUGUUAUUCUGCUCGAUUGUGAAAAUUAAUAGCUUUGCAGUUCAAGAGGUAGCUGCCAUCAUUAUACAUAAGCUGGGAAAGGCAGUUUACCCUUGGGCCAAUGUGCAAAUUGUAAUGACAAGUGGACACACAAGUUUUUUUUAUAAGAAAAAAACAUUGUGCAUGGCAACUUGCUUUUGCCCUUGGAGAACUAGCAAAAGACACCUCACUAAAAGUCAGAACUUGCUGGCUAAUCCAGUCAUCUUGAAAAUGAAAAUUAAUAGGUUUUCAUCCAGAUUUCUUUCUAAAAACUCAUUACUUUCAUCUACAUACUAGUUUUUUUAGGGAAAGACUGAUUUGUUUGGACAGCUCUGAAUAAAGGGUAAUUCUCUUUAUGAAUGGACUGGUCUGGCCAGCAAGUUCUUGAUAAUGGUAACGCCCUUACUUUUUGUUCAAAAUUCAUAUAUAUACAGUCUAGAUUCAGAGCUUAGGGCCCCCUGUAAAACCUUCAAAAAUAAGUCUUCUCUAGUAGCGAGUGAGUCAAGAACUGUCAGCUUCAGCUUCCUGAAUGCCUGUUGAAGGCAUCAGGUGUAACUUCCCAUCCAGAUGUUCUUUUGGCUUGUCACGCAAUACUCCCCAACAAAUAUCUGCUGAAACAAGCAGUUAAAAACAGAGACCAAUCACAGUACACUUCCAGAUCAGGGUAGUGCACUUUUAACCUUGAGGAAUUUUGCGAGAGACUCAAAACGGUCAGAAAGGUCUCAUAAAAAGGUUCGGAAGACCGGCUGCUUACACCUUUAGAACAAACUUCUCAGUUAUUCAUUGAAACAAUUACCUUGGAGUUGGCUUUACUACAAAACAAUAGAGUGCAAAAAACAAUUCUGCUUUUUGUUUAGUUACACCAUACCAUCUUGCCAUUGCCUCACCAAAAGAACUCCUUUAUGAGCAGGAAUGGGGCAGGAAUGCAUGAUGAACCCCUGAGAUCGUCUGCGUGGGGGGUAACUUCAAAUUAAUGCUCUCCAAAUAACUCACUCUGCCCCAUGGGAGGCUCACAUGGUUUUGUGAGUUCCAGUCCAGCAGAUCAUUUUUCAGACUGGUCCAAGGGAAAGUGGGUUUGAGGAUAAAAUUAAUCAUCAGGGGUCUGACUGCAGUGUAGUUAUUAUUUAUAUAAUUCAUAGCAUUAGUUAUGCUGGUUAAAAUGGUAACAUCUGAUCUGAUUGGUCUGGUCAACAAUAGUGCAUAGCAGUGUGUUAACAGAGACUCACUUAUAUAAGGGACAGUCCAGAUCUGUCCCUUAUAAAAGUGGUUGUAUACUCUAUGUUUGCAGAUACAAAAAUUUUUUUGACCUCUUUCAUCAACCAUUAUGAGAAAUCAUGGGUCUAACCAGUGUUAGCUUAUACUCCGGGAAACUUACUGCUCAGUUUGGUCCUUAGAACAAGCACAUCAUUGCUUUGUUAAUAGUCCUUUCUAACCCUGUAAGAUGUCUUCCCAAUUUCCCUCAGUUGUCUUUAAGACCAUCUUGUUGCUUUCCUCUUUUGACUACCCCUUAAUUUGACUUUUUCUUUUUUGUUCGUGCUUUUUUAACAUCUGCCAAUUCACCCAUCACAAGACUGAGUCUCAUCCUUGCAAGUUUAAAUGUUCAUGAUAAUUCCUUUCAUUUGUUGACUCUUAAUUAUUGUAUUUAAUUAUGCCCUAGAAUAGAACUGUUAGGUUUUCAAAUUAACUAACUUAUGAAAUAUUUUUUCAAACUCUUUUAGUUUGUUGUUGACCAUUGAUAAUUUUUUUGUCUUUUAGGUCAACAUCUGUUUCUUGUCAAAAGCUCAGAAUCUUAUGUCGACAUCUGGUAAAUGUUAUGCUAACAAUAAUAAAAAUUAUACUAAAUCUAAACAUGUAACUGACUGUUCCUCCAGCAGAUUGCUUUUUACAAACAAGAAUGGAUGUUUGUUAACAUUUGUGGAGGUCAACUUGUUUGUGGAUACAUUUGUGGUUCAAUUUUAUCCUUACUUUAAAUUAUAUUUUCCUUUGUUUCAUAUCCUAAGUGUUAAAGUAAAACACGUCAACACACCCAAAAGCAAAAGAAAAAUAAACUUUAACCACAAAAUGUGUAUUCCAUAAUUUUGUUACCACCACUAUAAGUGGCAUAUCUGAAUCUUCAGUGAUCCAAAUAUCAAGUUAAUUUAAUUUGCCUCUCUAUCUUCCAAGAAAUGUUUUACUGUACGUAAAAAAGGUUCUUUAUGUUGUCCGCCGACGAAUGAGAAUUGUCUCGUCAAAUACAUGUGUGCAAAGUUGCUUCAUGAGAGGAAAUAGAAUCAGACCUGCAGUGAUUAAGUUUUGCAGUAAUAAACUGUUGAUUGUUGUUUCUUGUACUACAAUAAUAUUAACGUAAUAAAUUUGUGCUCAUAUUUUUAUUGCCAUUAUUUUGCUUUCAGAGAAUGUCAUCUACAAGUGCAAAAGCGGUAAUUUUGAAAUUUAGGUUCUAUAACAUUUUGUUUUAUACAUUUUUGACUGUUAGAUGCUGGUUACUAUUUCAAUUCCUAAAACUACGAUUUUGCGAAACAAUAAUUCUUGUGCAAAAAUUAAAAUCCAGCGAUCAGCUAACAUGUGUUCAAUUCAUGGCUAGAUUUUUACUGAAAUGGACUUUUUCUUUUUAUUGAUGGCUUUAAAAUCUUCCUGUUAAUUUACUAUUGACACAUUUAUCACAGUAAUUUGUUUUCUAUAAUCUGUUCUCUUGAAUAUCAACAUUGCAGGAUGCAGAGGUAUUACUUGAAGUAAAAAAUAAAGUUGGAGUAAUUACACUGAAUCGUCCAAAGGCACUGAAUGCCCUGAACUUGAAUAUGAUCAGACAAAUCUACCCAGUAUUAAAGGUAAGACAAGGGGUGCUUCUGGUUUGAAAUUUCAGAAGUUCCACAUGUGAAAUAGAACUUUAUAUUUGUUGCACAAAACCAAUCCAAACCACUACUAGUCUUGUUUGAUUAUCAUACAUGUAUUAGCAAGAUACAGAAGGGCACCAUUUUAUUACAGGGACGACAAAUUUUUCAAAUCGAAAUUGAGGGACAUUUUUUUUCAACUAGACUGUCUAGUGGGACCAGUCAAAGUGGACCACCUUCAAAACGAACCAAACUGGUCCAUUCCAUUUAAUUUCUAACCAAAAUUUCUGGAUUUUUGGGCUGAAUAUUAUUGAAAGUGCCAAAGUGCGUCACUCAUGUUUGCUAAAAAUAAAAUUGUUCUUCCAAACAAGAAAGCUAGUGCAGAUUGCAUCAUGACUAUGUAACACCACAAACCAUUUAAUUCUUCCCUAGAUGUCUUAUGUAAAACAACAAAACUAACAAGUGUAGUGCACCCUUGAUGAAACUGGAAAUUUCUGCCCAAGUGGGAUAAAAAAAGUUGUAGUUUCGUGAUGUUGCUGCUGGUUACAAUCACCAAAAUAAUGACAUGUACAUGUUUGUAAUACAAAAGAUUGAAAAGGUGACACUAAAUAAUGCCCUCAGCACAAAGAGAACCAACAAUGGCUUAUGCAACACCAAAAAACACACAAAAAAAGCCUAAUUUGUUUCAGCUGGGGCAUAUGGUUCAUGUACAUUUUGAGCAAAAUAGAAAUUUUUCACCUAAGUUGGGUAAAACCAAAAUUGUGGCAUGAUAGGAUGUAUUAAAACAAUGAAAGUUGUUGGUGAGACUUUUUUUCAGUCUAAAUAUUUUCAAAUCAGUCAGCUCUUCAUAGGUUUGCUGUUGUUUUUUCCACAAUGGAAAAUUGCACCACAAAGGAAAUUAAACUACAACAUAUAGGUUUAUUGGUAUAAACCACAUUCUGUUUUUUGCAGCACUUGGAUUAAUAAGUCCAUGCUAAAGCCUUUUUGUGUAAUGAGAAGCAAUAAAACAUUGCAAGAAGGUAGUAAAAGCUUGAAAAUUCUGUUAGAAGCUGCAGUGACUUAAGAAAUUCAAAGUUUUUAUCAGACAUGUGGUAAUUUGUUUGUUUCGUUUGACAGAAAUGGGAUGCUGAUCCAGCUGUAAGUUUAGUGCUGAUUAAAGGAACUGGGGAUCGUGCUUUUUGUGCAGGUGGUGAUGUAAGAGGUAAAAUCUCAUGCAUUUACAAUGGUUGUCCUUUUACCUUUGGAGUUUUGAUAUUAUUUUAAAUAAAUUUACUGUUAAAUUGAUGAAAUUUACAGAAGUUGCAGAAGCUGGAAAAAGGGGAGGUGACCUUAGUAAAUUGUUCUUCAAAGAGGAGUAUAUGCUAAACUAUGCCAUUGGUGAGUUAAAGUUUGAAGUGAAAACAAUUAAUUCACAGUUUAGACAGUUUCAGUAAAGAAACUAACAUUAUUCCCAGGGUAAAAUGGGUUAGCCUCUAAAGAAACUGUAGUGUUGGGUCAUUGGUGGAAUAAAAGACAAACAUUUGGUUUUAUCAACAGAGUUGAUCAUGUAGAUUGGCCACCAUAGAGGGAUACGGAAGCUGACAUUUUAAUUGCUAACCUUUGUCAGAAUGAAUGAGGGGAUUGUGGCUUGUGUGUAGUUUAUAUAUUGAGUCUUUCCAGGUUGUUGUUCUGUCGCUUCCUGUGGGGUGGGGAGAUAAGAGACCAUUAGACCCAGGGGCCCCACUCACAUAUUUUAAUAACAGGGGGGUCCGAAGGAUUUUUUUGGGUCUGACAUUUUGGCCAAAAGGGAUUUUUUUGGGUCGCGAAAACAACACAGGGAUUUUUUUGGGGUAUUGUAUUUUUCAUCAGCUCAAAUCAAAAAUAACAUAAGUGCAAUUUAUAGUUUUGUUUUUGACCAAAACCAAAGUUGAAGUUGGCAUGUUUUAGCUUUCCAAAAGUUAAAUAAUAAAAUUUGCUGAUGCAAAAACACUGAGGGAUUUUUUUGGGUAUGCUAAAAAAAAGGAGGGAUUUUUUUGGGUAGACAAAUUCUGAAGUUGGGAUUUUUUUGGGUAUAAAAUAUGAACCUCUGUCGGACCCCCCCGUCAUUAAAAUAAUAAAUGUGAGUGGGGCCCCUGGGCCAUUAGAAUAAGGUUGAAUAAUGCAGGUGAUAAAAGGAACAUGAUAUUGCUCUUGAUAACAGUUCUAUAAAACAUGCCAACAUGACUUUUGUAACUUCUUUAUUUUAAAUUAAUGUCUGCAUCUUGAAUAAAGUGUUAGUGUAUGUAAUAGGACUACAUUCUGUCCAAUCUGGAAAUAUUAUUGGAUGAAGGAAAUUCCAAUAUGGCUGUCAGAGGAAUUUUUUUAAUCAAAUUUUAUUAUUUACAAAUUGGACAAGCAUAUAGUCCUCUUACUUAUUAAUUAUAUAGCUGGUUAGUUAAUCCAGAUUUGUCAGCAUGUUACAGAAAUAAUAUUGCACACUCAGACUGUUUGUAGUUAAAACAAAAACACAGUGAACGAUUUUUAAAAUGCAUUUUUCUUAUAGUGCCAACUUAUCCUUUACAAGGCAUAAAACCUAGUACUAGCCUUUCUUUUUCGCAUUUUGUAGUCAACUUUAAAUUUUAAAAAAAGAGCAUUCAAUGAUACGGUGCUACAGGGGAAAACCUACAUUUUGAUUACAAAGAAGAUAAAACAAAAAUGCAAAUACUUAAUUUAAACACAAAAAUAAUUGAAAAUAAACAUUUCAUUCAUCACCUCAAAUGAUUUUUACAGACUUUGUCUGCAACUGGACAUUUGAGUACCAAACAUCUAAACACAAUUACCAUUGUUGCAGUUCUUGCACAUUUUCCAGGACCAUUAUCGUGAAUGCAGGAUUGUUUCCAAUACAAACUUUCACCAGUUUGGUCAUACAUUUUCCUUGUAGCCUAGACAAGAAACCAAAACAAAAAAGCAGCAUUUGCUGUCAUAAAAUGACACUCAAAGCAAUGAGAAGCCAAGAGCAUUGGCCAGUGAACCACAAUCAGCAAACUAGACUUUUUGGCAUCUUGUCAAAGGGACUUUGCACAGAUUGGCUAGUUUGUAUAGCCUUUUGUAUUUUCUGGAAUUUGAUUGGCUCAGACCAACUGUCCCUUUUCUUCUUAAACAGGAGAGUUUGCCUAUAAUUUCUAAAGGAAAGUCCAAUCUGAAACUGUCCAAAUUAAUCCCUAACUGGACAGUUUGCUGACAAUAUCAAAUUAACCACCGGCUGUAUAAUUAUGUAUUAAAUGGUUGACUGAUUUUUAUUGUUUGUGUUGGUUGCAGUGGUAUUAAAAUCCAUAUUGUUACUAAUAUUUUGAUAAUUUGCUUAGGAUCAUUACAAACUCCAUAUGUGGCACUGAUCAAUGGAAUAACUAUGGGAGGGGUGAGUAAGGAGAUAGCUCUGCACUGAGCUCAACAUUUACCUUAUGCACUAAUUACCAGAAUCAGUUCCUAAAGGGUAAAUGGAAUUGGUUACCCCAUGAGGCGAGAACAGGCAGAAUGUUUUUUCAUUGGUGGGUCAAAAAAGUUUUGUUUGACAACCCACUGAAAACUGCUAUUAAUAUCAUGACCCAGUAUGGAUUCCAAAUGUCUAUGCAAGACUGCUAGGGUAAAAUUCAAUGCAAGUAAAAUUCUGCUACAUAAUUAUUAAUAGCUUACAAUAAAUACAAAUGUCAAUGAAGUAUAGCCAUAAACACUGAACCCUGCCGAGGUAUGAAGAUCUUAAAAAUGGUGAAAAACUGACUAAAUUUUCAUGACUAAAACACUGUGAUGUACACUUCAGAAAUGCUGGAAACCUCAUUUUUAAGGACUAAAACUUCAUGACACGUUUGCAUUCAACAGCCAUUCAUUUGCAUUUUGUGAUCCUGUUACUAAAUAUGCUUAAUAUUGUUUGGUGUAGUGUAGAAAGCAGUACAAGUACUUAGUAGUACUUUAUUACUUCCUAGGGCAGAACAAGGAGAUCUUGAUUACAAUCUGCCGGCUAGCCUACACGUAUCCUGUGAUGAUGAUACUAUCUUUAAUAGUUAUGAUAAUCUUGCAGGGAGUUGGUUUAUCAGUCCAUGGCAGAUUCCGAGUUGCCACAGAAAGCACUUUAUUUGCCAUGCCAGAAACUGCUAUAGGUAUGUUUUAACAUUAUUUAGCAUCUGUAUUUCAUUUUGUAUUUCAUUUAGAUGUACAUAUAAAAUUACUUUAAAAAUACAAUCAUUAAAACCCAUAUUUAAGAACCUUCCUUUUUUCUAUUUGGUUAAGUAUGUGCUGGCAGAAAUUUCAAUUUUUUUGCAAGGGAUGAAAUUUUCAAGUUCAAUUUCCCCAAGCAUGUAAAUUGACUUGAACUGUCUAUUCAUGGCAGCAGCAUGCAACAGUGCUACUAAAAGUAUGCAUUUACAGUAAAGUCUUGUCAAACAGUUACUUGAAAAUUUUUUUCUUUUCUUGUUAGGUCUGUUUCCUGAUGUAGGUGGUGGAUAUGUCUUACCCAGAAUGAAGGGUAAAUUAGGUAUCUACUUGGCUUUGACAGGUAAGAAGAUCAUCAACUACUUUACAUGUAAUCAACUAUAAUGUGUUUGUCUCACAUCAUUUUCCGGCUGUGAAAAAAAUAAUUCUUAUAAAUUCAUAUGAAACUUAAUCUACCCUAAACUAUAUAAUAGAAUCUGAAAACAACAUGGCCUUGCAGACAUCUCUCUGCUGCACUAACUGACUGCAACUAUAAUUGACUAUACCCCAGAGAGAUCCUCAUGCAAUGCCCUGGAACACUACGUGAUGUCUCUUAUAAUGGCUGCAACAGGGACUACAGUAGAAGGAAUCCCUAACCAAAGUGAUGUGGAUGCUUAGGGGUCUGAAUUACAAAUUCUGGUCUCACUUAGGGUGUUCAGAAACAAAAGCCACUGUUUUUCCCCCAUAACAUUAUUGCUUUGGGUUUUCAUGUAGAGAAAUUUCUUAACUUUUUAAAAAAUAUAUUCAUACUUGUGUUGAAGACAGCAUUUUUUUAUUUCAGCAUCUCAGCACAAUAUUAUUGCAGUCACUAAACGCUCUUAUUCGGGGUCUGUUUUACCUUUUUAGAGGUCAAAUAGUCCUCAGCUAUGCCAGAGGAUUGCUCUGACAAACAUCCUGAGGGCUGUUUGAUCUUUUCACAAGGGAAUCCCCCCUGGUAUUGUACAAGAUGUUAACAUGUGCCAUUCUUUCACAAUUUACAGGUCCCGUUCAUCUUCUCUCUCUUCACAAAACAAAAAAAUUACUGUGUAUUAAUGAUCACAACUGCAACUUAUGCAUGCUCUUUUUUGCUGAAUUGUCUCUAAAAUUUUGCAGUUAGGUAUGGUAAACCAACAAAUUGUAUUUAUCAGUAUGCAUCUUUACUUUAGGCCAUAGGUUAAAAGGUUAUGAUGUGAAACAUGCUGGAGUAGCUACUCAUUUUGUCACAAGUGAAAAGGUAAUAAUUUUUUGUGUAUCGAUCAGAAAUCACGUUGUUGUGUUGUUUAACAAGGUCAUGAUCUUAGUAUUGACCUCAGAAAUAAAUGCUGUGCUAGUCAUUGCAUGCAAAAUAACAUUGAACACCAAUCUUUUUUGUCUGUGAAUAUCAAUGUUAUGUUUUAUUUUAUUCAUAUCAAUCUGGAAGCUAACAGAACUGGAGUCCAGUUUACUUAAUCUUGUGGAUCCACAUGCAAACAGUAUACAAGAGGUUCUAAAUGAUUAUGACAAAAAGGUAGGAAUACUAAACAUUUUUCAUUUGUAAUAAUUAUAGUCUGAAAAAAGGGAGCCAGGGGUGGAAAAUGUCAAAUAUUAGCAUAUUAAUAUAAUUUAUUAAUAAAACCUGAAUGGGAUCAAACUAUAUCAACACCUCAUCAACUGUUACUUAAGGUGUUCUGAGGAUUAAGUGCUCACCUAGAGUAUAAAAGCAACUUAGUCUAUUCAAUGUAAAAAUGUGGCAUAUUUAAUACACCUACAGCUGUAAGUUGCUAUUAUAGGUAGGUGAUUUUUUUUUAGCUUUGGGGUGAGUACUGACUCAACUUGCUUUACUAAAUAGAUACCGGUACUUUUUAAUUUCUCAAUAUUUCAGAAUUCACAUGAUUAAAAGAGACGUAAAGUUGUCACAAAUGCUAUAACUUUCGUUUCACUAGCCUAUAAAUAAUAAAAAUAAUUAUAAAUAAAAAAAUUUUGAAGAAGCAUGCUAUUUGAGUGUCAAUGUAUUUAGCAUGAAAGUACUAAUUGAGGACUCUAUUUUUACGUGUCCUACUGGAGACAGCACCGCCGUUUUACGUGGUCAUCCGAGCCACACAAAGUUCUUGCCUUUUACAUGUUCAAGGCAGUACCUUUAUUUCUCAGUUAUUUUAAGACCCUGAGUAUUGGUCCAGCCCUGGGAAUAGAACCCACAACCUCCCACUCUGCAGUCAAGUGCUCUAACCUGCUGUGGUCAAUGCAGAAUGGAUUGCUCAAUUCCACACUUAAUUUGUUCAAAUAACAAAUUUAAUUUUAAUACAUUGCAAACUGGAAUAAAACUAUCAAACCUACCCCUAGUUUUUUUAUCUUUAAAUUGUAUACAUCUUUCUGCAGUGCUCUGAGGGACAUAGCAAAGAAUUUGCUCUUGAGAAGUUUACCAACCAGAUAAACAGGUUAAAUCACUUUACUCUUUACACGUAAAUGCUUAAGUUUUGUUUCUGUUGUGUGACGAUCUGAACCACUGAUCAAUAAUUGUGGCUAAUAAUAAUUAUCGUUUUAUUUUUCUGCUUAAUAGCUGCUUUGAUCAAUCAUCUAUGGAAGGCAUUAUUAAGGCAUUAGAGAAAGAUGACACAGAGUGGGCAUUAAAACAAAUUGAGGUGACUUUAAUUCAUAUCGUAAAUGAUCUUAUAAAUGCGCGGGGCGUUUAUUUAAUUUUAGGGGUCCAAAUAGAUGGGAGGCGUUUAAAAGAGAGAGGCGUUUAUUCUCGUAACUCAUUUUAACGAACUCAACAUAACUGUAUACAGUAUGCUUUCGGCUAAAAACGUUUUUGUGUUAACAGAAUCUCGACUGCGGGCUGACGCCUUAUCUAGAAAUUGAACAUGACAUAAUACACAAACUGAUGUUGAUCAAGCAAUGAAAUUAAUAAAUUGAUUGAUUUUGCUCUAUUUCGCCAUUUCCUAGUAUUUGGGGGCAAUUCUCAAGGGGGGCGUUUAUUAGAGAGGAGCAUUUAAUACUAACUUACCAGCGUAAGGAGGGCGUUUAUUAGAUAAGAGGCGUUUAUUUGAGAGUGGGCGUUUAUUAGAUCGUUUACGGUAUUACAGUCGAAACUUCCCACAGGGCCACCUUGGGGACAAUGGAAAGUGACUUUUUGAAAAGGUUAAAAAUAAGGAGUGGAGUCGAUGUAUCCUGGGGAAUGUCUAAAGUGGCCAUUAUUAGAGGUCUGAAUAUAAUAAUAACAGUGAAAUCCCGACUUACGGCUAUCUCAUUAAUAUGACCACCUCAUUAUUAUGGCCACUUUUUUUGGCUGCCUGGCAAAAACCGCCAUACAUUUUCUUGUAAAAAACCCUCAUUAAUAAACUGUAUGGCCACCUGGUUAAUACGGCCAAAUUUAUUUGGCCCAUUGGUGACCAUAUUAACACGGUUCCACUGUAUUUGUUUGCUGGUGAAGCUAACAAGUUUUAUAAAUCUAAUUCUUUUCCUAGUAAAGUACAUGUAACGUAUGUUGCAUCGGUCUCUAUAGUUACAGUAAAAUAAAUUAUAAGGGCCCAGUUGUUCAGAAGCUGGAUUAUAAUGCUUUCAACUGGAUAAAGCAUCAUCUAGUACGGAGCAACACAAUGAAUGGUUUCCCUAAUACUUGCAAUUGUCUUCAGUGGAUGGGUAUUUAUCCAGUGGAGAGCGCUAUUCAGCGUUUAAGCAGCUGGGGCCUGAUUGUAACAGAUGGUGAACAAUCAGCUGACACUGAAGGCAAGAUGUCACUUGCUGUGCACCAGCUAAUGUAGUACCCACAUUAUUUUCAUAACACCUUCAUUUACUGAGUUCAUUCAGUUCAUUGCCUAACAUUUUUACUUAUACUGAAAGAGAACCUUUCUUUGACUUUGAAACAAACUCUAGCCUAUUUUCAGCAGACAUAUAUACUCUUAAAAGUACAGUUUGAAAAGAAAUAUAUCCUGCUGGACAAAAUAGUGCAGACAUGAACUUCUUUGUAUGGCGGCAAAUUCUUUUGAACGAAUACUGUUUCAUUGUAACACGCCAAAUGUCUGCUUAACCAUUAAACAAGUUCACUACUGUUAAGACUGCAAAAUAUUAAUUGUUACUCUCGUUUACUGUUUUUAGAUCUUAAAUAAAAUGGUAAGUACACCCACUCCUUACAGUGUUUAAUGGUAACAACUCAGAUUUAAUGUCACGUUAUAUAAAUGAAUUAGAAAAACAACUUUACUGUCGCUUUAUUUUUGUGGAAUCUGUGAGUUUUAGACUACUUGAAGAUUCUAGUACGUGCAUCAUCUGAAGAGUAAGUUAAGUACAACUAUCCACAAUCAAUAAUAAAUUGUUCAAUGAUUAAUAUUUCUUGAGUAUUGGCAUCUUGUUUGUAAACUGUAACUACUCACAGGGUUGUCACUAAGAUUUCAAGUUGCCGGGUACUUGUUGUUAGUAGCCGGAGAAGUCGCAAGCAGUCAUGGAGUCCCCCCCCCCGCAAGAAGUUUUUGAAGUGCAACUUUUACCGUUUUCCAAAAGGCGUUACCGCCCCCAAAAAGCAAUCUUCAUCAAGAGUUCAGCUAUCAUACAGCUACUAUGAUGAUGACGUCUUUAUUAAAGAAAACUACAACAUUCUGAGACACUAAAAUAAUAAGUUUUUACUGCAAAUGAAUUAACAUGCGCUGUAAAAUCAAUUGUAAAUCCUCAUUUAGUUAUACGUAACAACGAAACAACUGACGGAAAACAAAAGUAAACCUAAUUUACCUAAAGAGAAGCGGAAAGAAGAAAAACGGCCAAUGAAUGUACGAAAAAGCAUCAUAAACAUAAGGUUACCAUGGUUUGUUGAAAAAUAAAAGUGUGAUAAGGUUAAAACAAGCGUAACGUGCGAAAAAUCGCGGGAUAAAAUACCCUGGCAAAAAUCAACUGCACAACUGGUGACAUUAGCGGUCUCGAAUUUAGGAACGAAACAUCACUUUAAUAACAUACGAAGAAACUGACCUGCGGAAAAGCGUUUAAAAGACGGCUAAUACUUUAUAAACAACGCUGAGAUGUCAAAACGAGACUCAAGGAGAAGAAUGCAAAAAGCAAUGCUAAUGCUUAACUUCCCUUUUAUAUAACUUCUUCGAAGUAGAACUGAGAGGAUGUGAUCAUGUCCUGCUGACAGUGAUCAAACAUUUCCCGUUGACCGUGCGUUAUUUUAUAUACUCAAUACCUAAAGCUAAAUGUAGACCUGGUCACUUAAAUAUCAAUUUAUUAAACAUAGCAAUCAGUCAGAGUCUUCGUCUUCAAAGCCUUCAUCAUAAUCCUCAUUAUCAUCAACAUCAGCAUCAGGGAGAUUUAACGCUCGGAUGAAGCCUUAACUUCUUCUGUGAUGUCAACAGAGAUCUGCUCAGGUCUUUCAUCGUGAACAAAGAGUGCAGAUUCCUUUGCCACUUCUUCAACAUGUUCAACACAAGGCCGACACAAUGGUUGAAACUAGCUGGACUUUUAGCAUCGACAAAGGUGACGGCAGCGAAAACGUCACUUUUAUAAUGAAUUGGCGUUUUUUCCAACCUUGUCGCGUUUAUUUCAAUUCCGUCGCUGAAAAUAGCUAUUGUAGGCCAAUUUCCCUGGAGUUGAUUUCUUUGGGACCGCGCUCAAGUUUAGAAAGAGAAAGAAAAGUUUGUCGUAGCUUGUUUACGUCCUCCUUAAAACGUGAAACUAGGCAUUUUCACGUCGCAGUCGUGCAGUAACGGCAAAGAAAUGGACAAAAAAGAGUGAUGCACGUUAGCGCAAACUAGUUGUUUUGCUCAAUAAACCAAUUGCUUUUUUGACGUUCUCGUUGCCGUCGCUGUCGUCGUUGCUAAAACUUCCUAUUGACAUUUCGUGAACGGAGAGUUUAGGUACGUGUGUACUAGUACCAAAUCUAGGUCAGAUGUCUUUUUCUGACAUUUCUUAGUUUUUGCACGCGAGUAUUACAAAAUUACUUAAACCUCCUACAGAUGAAACUUGCAUUUAGUUGGAUGGAUAGUCUUUGUGUGUCAAAGGUGUGCUCUUUUGGUUUAAUUUAACGACGAAAGUAGCCGGGGACCAUGCUCUGAGUAGCCGGGGGAAAUCCCCGGCCCCCGGCCCUUAGUGACAACCCUGACUCAUCAGAGUGACUUAGAAAUAAAUCAAUUAUAAGACCCAGUGUUAAUACUGAACGUGUUAAAAAUAGCUUUUUUUUUUAGUUUUUAAGUAUUACCUAACUGUAUAGAUAUUAGGUUUUAGAAUUUAUUUUCACUUAAUUUCCUUGUAUAAACGUCUUAAAAUAGAUGGUAGCACUCUUCUCUCAAACAAGUUCCUUUAAUGCAUGACUCACAUCAGCUGAAUAUCCUCCCAGAACAUCAAAAUGAUGUUAUACUGUUUCACUUGGUAGCCAGGAUUUCUCUCUCUCAAUUCCCACAUUAGUGGACCAUAUUUCUGUGUCUUCUCCAUCUCUUUCACACCGCGGUUAUCCAACCAAGGACAGCUCAUUUCAAUGGCUAACACUAUUCUUUUGUUAUCUGAGAUAUUGGAGCAGCUUAGUGCUUAAAUUGGCCUCACAAUGUUUUAGUAGGCAAUUUAUGAAUUUCCUGUAAAAAAAGGAGCCAAAUCCCCCCACGUUAGGGCAGAUCAUGGGCGCAAGAUAAAAUUAGCAGGGUUGCUACGUCAACAGUUUGAAGAGAAAAUUAUUUAGCAACGCUGGUUACGCCGCAAAAUUGCAUUGAAAUGCGUACAAAUCUUACUUUUGUUGUAUAAUUUGCAUAUUUUAGCAUCAGGUCAAAAAAGUUUUUGUUUGUUUCGAGCAACUUUUGGGCCACUUUCCUUACAAAAAGCAAUUUUUGAUUGUUUUUAGGGCAACUUUUGAGCAACGUUUUGAGAAAUUACGGGAAACUUUUUGGAAAAACUCGAGCGACUUGUGGAAAGCCCUAGUCUUGUUACCAUUUCCUCUUCUUUUUCUUCUUCUUCUUAUUGUUAUUAUUAUUAUUAUUAUUAACUAUGAUAUUUUGGGGGGAGGCGGGUUUACCGAAUUUAUUAAGGAAGAGGCAUCCUCGUUGCAGAAUAAAUAAUUAUUUGUACCUUUCGCUUAGGUCUCAUUUUUUCCAUUUCCUUGUUUUUUAGUCUCCCACUUCUUUAAAAAUUACAUUAAGACAGUUACAAGAAGGAGCUAAGCUAAACCUUGCAGACUGUUUGAAGAUGGAAUACAGAUUAACUCAGCGAUGCAUGGUAAGAAAAAAUAAAAAUAUUAUAGAGCUACUGUAUAUUCCUAGCAAGUAAUUAGAAAUUUAAGUACGAGGUUGAGCAAAAUAUCGUGAUUUGUUACUGGCGAGCAGAUCAAGUAUUUGCCAAAGGCUGAGGCAAGUGCUUGAUCCAAGUUCAAUAAUUCUUUUAUCAUUCGAUCACCGAGUUUGUUUUUGCGUUCGACGGAGGAGAACGCUUACUGUUCAUGUACCGUACAUGAGGUAGUAACCGUUCUGUAUGCCAUGUGGACGCCAUCCUGGACCGGCUGGUCACAUUUCGAUCCCAUGUGUUCAGUUUUUCUCGCCCGGUAACUGGUAUCUAUUUUGUGACACUCGUUCACAGUUGAACAUUGGCGAUUUUCUGUUUGCUACAGGUUUGUUUACCGGUAAACAAACUGUUUUCUCGCAGUUUUGAAUUAAGUAUAUAUAUUUUUUAUGUGGGAAAAACUCUAUUUUAAGAUAAUCGGAUAUGCAGAUGUUAUGUUAACAAUGUAUUCUGCUCACUGUAUUUGUUUUUAUGGAUUCUAGCAAGAUCAGUUUACGACCAUAUUUAAUUUUAUUACAAAUCUUUUCGCUUUCAAAACCUAUUUACUGCGUUGUAUUCGCUUUUGUUUGUCACCAGUUUUUAGAAAUAUACAAGAAGUUGAACGGUGAAACGUUGACCUUGUUAUCUUACCAAUUCCGGGUGCUUUGUAUGUGAAAUGAAUAGAUGAGUCGUGUCAGCGCAGUGUCACACAACAAGGGUUUGAAGUCGUACGCGACGCUUUGACACCUUAAUCAAUGAACUUUUCAGAUUACUUUAAUUUUCUGUAGCCCAAUUUUUAGCCAAUUGUAUGGACAAUCCUACAGUGCAAAAGAAUACCUUGUGGAUCAUAGUGUUUGACCUGCUGUUACUUACAUGUACUUUACCUAGAGGUUAAGCCAAGUAAAUGUAAAAAGUGCAAGACGCUCUUGCAUUUUUGAGGAAAAUGAAAUAGUAACGAAUGGUUAAGUGGGCGGACAAACAAUAAGGGACUGUGCAAUAAUUAUCAGGAAGGGGGGGUCCUAAAAUGAGCUUCACCAAAGGAAAAAUUAGAUAGGUCCCCCCUCCAGCAGCGUCAAGAUUAGCUCUGACCCCCCCUCACGUUCUCUCAAAAUUAUGAUGUGCCCCCCCCCCUCUCUAGCCCGUACCUUCACUGUACUGCAACGCAUUCCACUGCGUCGUCAGGGAUGAAGAGCACCUCGAAACUUUGUUCUUCAUAAUCGUCAUUUUGGUGCUCUAUGAAGUGAUGACAACUAUGAAACAGAAGCAUGUGGCAUUCCUCAGCUAGAAACUGUAGACCUAGAAACCCUCUCGCUGUUUAAAUCGAGAACAGACCUGGCAUGUCUGCGGGACCUCUUAAAUGCCAAAUGUUUUAUUGGCAAAGCUCACAACGUGGUUUGUGACUUCUGUGCAUUGACGAUUGUUUCAAUCUAUCAUAUGUUGACAUUCUAAAUAAGUUAAAGCAUGUGUUUAUGUUGAUGCAAUAUUUAGACAUUAUGGAUAGUCAAAGGAGUGGCAUCUGUCUAUUCGGAAAGUGUUUAUUUAUUCAUUAUCGAAUUUGUGAAAUUUAAUUAAGACCCCCCCUCAACGUACUUGAGAAAUCUAAUGUAGAGCCCCCCCCUUUGGUUUUAGGCCCCCCCUCCUGAUAAUUAUUGCACAGUCCCUAACACUGAUGAAGACAGCUGCUGAUAUUCAGAGUGUUUGAUUUUGAUUUCUCAAUCUUACAAGCUCAUCACGUUUUGCCCCCCCCCCUCCUUACGACUACCACUCACUAAUAGUUUAAUGAAUAUCUUCGGGAAGCGGGGAGAUCUUUUUUUUUUUUUUUCACGCAAGAGCGAUCGUAUUAAAAAAGAAGGAGAAAAGCAUAGUUUCAUUUACGCGUGAGCAGAAUAUUAUUUCAGCCAAACACUAAGCCAGCCGAACACUUAGCCAAACACAGUUGGACGACAUUGCCCAUGAGCAGACCAUUAUUUGUCGGCAGUUAUUUGCAGGUCACAUGGUGGGCUCUCGGCCAAUGAAAAAGAAGAAAAAUUUGCGUUGAAUAAUAACGCCAUCUGUUUCUAUUGUACCCUGUUCUAUCCUGCGGUCAAACUAUCUGUUAAGAUUUGAUGUAUUUUUCUCUCCUUUUUGAUCUCUAUUCUUUUUCAGGAGGAUAACGAUUUUUAUGAAGGAAUUAGAGCAGGUAAUAGUUUGAUUAGCUUGACGAUUUAGCUUGUAAGAAUAAGAAUAAUCUACAAUGUAAUGAGUCCCUAUUGAUAGUGUGAAUGUACAGACAGUAGGUGCGGUUACACACAUCAUGGUAAAAGGCAUUUCCCACGGUAAAAAAAGGCGCAGUAAAUUUAAAUUACCGUGGUAACAUGUGGUUACACAUAAAUUAAUCAGUAAGGUAAACAAGCCGAUCUUACGCCUUCAUUGCACUAUGGCAACCCUAUUUCAGUAAUAAUCGCCGUCGAUGAUGGCAGGAUUUAAUGUUCUGUUGACAAAUUGACUUAUAAUUUUAGCACAAUUUAAUCUUGUAUAUCAGUCCCGAUAACUGUGCGAAGUUAUAUACCAUUUUUUUAAAUCAACGCCUUAGACUCCACUUUAAUUUUCGGCCAUUUCAAUCUUUAUUCUUCUCAUUUUGUCUUGUAGUUUUGAUAGACAAAGAUAACAGUCCCAAGUGGAACCCUGGUACUUUGAACGCAGUAACACAGGAAAAAGUGGAACACUACUUUGAAACAUUAGGAGAUAGAGAACUUGUUUUAUAAUACUCUAAAAAUUUCAUGAAACUGGAUUUUCGUAUAGCUUAUGAAAAAUUGACCUGCGCCUGUUGGUGCUGUGGUUUUUGCAUAUGAAUGAAAAGAGAACAAGACAGUGAGGUUGAUCCUCAACUCUUCGUAUUUCCUGUAGUAUACCUAGUAUACGUGCCACAUGAAAAGAACUGAAUAAAAUUUAUCUUGC